AUGUCUUUAUCGCCGCUGCCGCCCGUCGAUCAGAUCAAAGCUCUAUACCUGGGCAAGGACGUCGAAGACCUCCCGGCCCCGUCCGCCAUCCUCGAUGUCGCCAAAGUGAAGAAGAACGCCGAGCUGAUGCUUGAUGCCGUCCACGAACUUGGUUUCAGCUUCAGAGCGCAUGUCAAGACUCACAAAACCCUUGAGCUGAUGCGCUAUCAGGUCGGACAUGACACCAAAGAUGCCCGCAUCGUUGUCUCAACCGUUGCAGAGGCAGAGUUCAUGACCCCCGCUCUAGUCGAAUACAAGAGCAGGGGUGCGAGGGUGAAUCUGCUUUACGGCAUCCCUCCUGGGCCGUCGACGAUAGCUCGGCUGGCCGAAGUAGGCAAGCAGCUGGGAGAGGGGGGCUUCACUUUCAUGAUCGACCACCCGGCUCAGUUCGUGGUUCUGAAUAAGUUCAAAGAACUCGCUGGUUUCGCUGCGUGUGCUUUUCUCAAGACAGAUGCUGGCCAGCACCGGGCUGGCCUUGCGCCAGAGGCACGCGAGAUGGCAGAACUCGUGUCCCAAGUUGCAGAGCUGGAGCAGAACGGCGUCGUUAAAUUCUUGGGCUUCUACACCCACAACAGCAACAGCUAUGCCGGCAAUUCCCCAGAUGAAGCCAUGGCCUACCUACAACAGGAGCUUGACGCGUGCAGAGAAGCCACCAAGAACCUCACGCAGACCAGAGCGACUCCGCUUGUCAUCAGUGUUGGAGCCUCCCCCACCGCCCUCUCGAUCCAAAACAUCCUGCCGACGGCUUCGUCAAGUUCGACGACAGCUAGCUCGCUCAAAGAUGUUCUUCAAUUGACAACUUCAAACUUCGAGCUUGAAAUCCACGCCGGCGUCUACCCGUUGUUCGAUAUGCAGCAGGUAGCAGCCCAGAGCCGCAGCUUCAAGACAGAUCCUCACGACAACAUUGGCAUCACGGUGCUUGCUGAAGUUUGCUCAUUAUAUCCGAAUAGACUUGAGCAGCAGGAAGCCUUGAUCUCGGCGGGCUGCCUGGCCCUAGCAAGAGAGCCCUGCAAGGACUACCCUGGACAAGGGGUGGUCAGCCAGUGGCACAUGCCGGCUGAAUACCAAGUGUCGAAAGACGGCCGACUGAUUGUGAAGCGCAUUAGCCAGGAGCAUGGGAUCGUUGGAUUCGAGAAUCCAUCUGUUACGGGUCAUCAGCUGCCUCUAGAGUACGGUCAGAAGAUUCGCAUUUGGCCCAACCAUGCCUGCAUCACCAUGGCCAUGUACGAAUGGUACUUUGUGGUUGACUCUGCGACUGCCACUCCGGAUAAGGUUGUUGACGUGUUUGCUAGUUGCCGGGGAUGGUAA